AUGGAGUUUUUGGUGCACAAUAUCUCGCACUCGGACCUGGUGGUGGAGCUGUCGUGGCUGCGUGAAGACGGCGCGGCCGCCAGCAGCAACGGAGCGACGGUGCCCACGGCCCGCCAGCCCGUCGCCAGCGUGGACGUGGACGACGCGGCCGUACCGCUGUCGGUGCUGGGUCGCCCAAAGUUCAGUCUGUUCCAGCAGACUAGCCAGCACAUUCUCGAACGCGUGCAACAGCUCCGCCAUCCCAAGCGCGAGGCAAACCAACCCACGCACGCAGCGGCGGUGCUGAGCGUUUCCGACGGAACGGAGACGCCGUCUCUACUGCAUCCCACCCUGCUGGAUAUCGGCAACACGCCGGGCGAGCGUUGGAAAGCCUGUUGUCACGACACCCAGUCGCCCAUUGGCUUUAACCUGGCAGACGCCCCGAUCCCCAUGAGCAACGACCAAUUGUUGACAGAUUUCCAAUUGCGCGGCGAAGUGGAGACCACGAGACUCGUGGAAAAGCAUUGGGACCGUGUGGGCAUCACGGCUGUCUACUUUCCGUUAGUGGCAUUGCUACUGCCAAAGUGGACGCAAGUGCUGAAAGAAUUCCAGUCAGAAGGCAGUCGCCAAUUGGUGUAUCUUAUCAGUGGAGCAGGCAUCCCGCGCAAUGUGGAGCACUCGCACAGUGGCAACUCGACGGAGAUCACAGCGCAACUUAUUGUGCUGUUCGUACAUCAGUAUUACCCAGAUAUGACUGCGAUCCAAGUGCAUUCUGGAUCGAAUAUCUUCAGGUUUGAUGACAAUGUGCAAUUCAUGACAAGAGAGUUGAGACCGCUGCUAGAGACACAUCGAGAGACGCUCGUGGAUCGAUGUGGCGAGGCGUGGAAGUCGCACUUCCACGUCACGAUCGCGUAUGCCGACGGACCGCCGGCGCGACUAAGUGCGUUGAAUGCCUCACUGCGCAUGUACAGACCGUCGUACCUUCAUAUCUGGCAACUAAAGACGUUCUGGCAUGAACGCAAACUGUCCAUGGCAGACGUGGACUUUCACUCAUUCGAGAACAUUGAAGCAUCCCCGUUAGUGACGCCCAGCAAGGCCGACGCUUUGACACAGAUGAUCGUCCGCGAGAUGAGGAAAUUUCGUGAUCAGUUCCUCGCGGCCGAAGGUGAAGGCGAAGUGGCUGGCUUCUGGUUGCGGAAGUCGCGCAAACCUGUGCUUGCAGUGUUGCUGAUUGAGAAACCGGCAGCCGAGCUUGGCGGUCGCCCUACAAUCGUAGUGCAGCGAGGCAUGAAUUGCGAGGUAUCUAUGCCCACCGGCUCGUUGUGUGCAGAGCGCAACGCCAUCGGUAGCGCGCUGGCCAGCGAUCCAACGUUGACACGCCGCGCUUUAAAGAUGAUCGCCGUGUUGGGCUUAAACCUCACGGCGGGUGGCAACAGCAGCAGCGUGACCAGUCCGACCGCUAGCGAGGAUACGGGAGACGAUGCCAAGAGGAAGGAGCCAUCUCAAGGCGCCUCGUUUGACAAAACGGCUUCAACUUCAACGGCUCCAGCUGAACUACAUGUAGUCGAGGCUGCCAAUCCGCAGGUGCUGUCCGUCCGGGUCCGUCCUGCGGCCGUGCAGAGUUCACUAUCCUCAGCCGCGACAAAUAAUUCGACUGUUGCUGCUCGUGCAGGCAGAGGGCGAGGCAGAGGGCGCGGAAAGCGCGAAUUGGAGACGAAGAACGCCAACUUGACGUCUCCGAGGAAGCCCAAGCGACCGCGAACGUUCUCGUUCGACGAGGUGGCUGAAUGGCUGGUCAAAAUUGCGGAGGCGAACCCGUCAUUUCGCGUGGUCACGUUCGAGAACUCGCGCUGUCGGAACGUCUACAUUAACCAGAUAAUGUAA